UAUUGACCCGACAUUAUAUUAUUGCUUUAGGUUUUCUACCACCGAAGGGGCGUUCGAAGUCGCGUGAAGAAUUGUUGGAUCACCGAUGCUGUCUUUAUGAGUGAUGUAUGUUGUAUGGCAGUGUCAGCAUCAGAUCGUAGCUUAACCGUGUACGACGUGUCUGGUCCAGCACACGCUCCAUUGUACUGCGUCACUGGAAUGCCGAAUAUACCAACGUGUCUAGCAUACUGUCCAAUGGGUGAAGCUGACAGUUCGGAGCUUUUAGUGGGAACGGAGCGUGGAGACCUUACAACCUUGAGAUUCUUGCAGCCUCGGGUCUCACUACUGCAUAUCAAACAUCCCGAUACGAUCAACUAUUACUUCUGGAUGGAGCUGACUUCCCCACCCCAUAGCACAUAUUGUUCUACCCGCACAAUUCGGGCGCACGGCCGGUCAGUUCGCGGAGUGACUUACGCGCGGCCGGACGUCUCAGUUUCAUGUUCACAUCAUGAAAUCGCGUUACGGCUGACCCAUCUUAAUGGAAAACUAGACGACUAUGAAAUUAGCGUACACAGGGGUGUUUCAUGUUUCCACAACGUAUCAGCCUUACGUCUUCUUGCGACGGGCAGUAAGGACGGCCUGGUCCGUCUCUGGACAUAUGGACAGCGUGUCCCAUUUGCAAAACUGACGCCGGGAGGAGCGCCUGUACCCGUUAUUGAUGUUAUGAUUGUCGAUUUUGAUAAAAUCGUCAUUGCAUAUUAUAAAAACUGUAUGGUUCACAUCUGGGAUUUGUACGAGGAGUGUUUACUCCAGUCGAUUAAACUAAAAUUUCCCUUUCUGGGAGUACUUGGAAAGAAGGUGGAGUUUGGAACUUCUUGUAUUCACUUAGGACCUCCACGUAGAAAUAAUUCAAAGCAUAUCUCAGAAGGUGAGAGAUCACGACGCGGUUCGAGCGUGUACGAAGGUUCAACUGGAGGUCUCAUCUUGUUGGAACCCGAUAGUCACGAGGAAAUUGAUGAAAGGUAUCAUAGUGUCAAUUACAGAUGUUCUAUUGUCUAA